UCUACAUGGUUAGUUUGCAUUAGCGGUUGUCUUCAAACGUAGUUUCAGACUUCAAUCCCGACGGAGGUGCUUUCACUUGACGCUCUUCAACAUGAACGGCUAUCUUCUAUGCAUUUUGCCAUUGUUCGCUUUACCUAACGUAGUUCUGGCCAUCACCUGCUACACUUGCACACCAAACCCACCGACUGUGGCAUGCACAACACUGGGUGAUUUGAAUGUCACCGAUUGUGACGCGGAUCCGAAUAUACCAUCUGGUAUGGCUGACGUGUGUUUCAAAGUGUUAAUUGUAGCGAAAAUGGGACAAAUGGCACAAAUGACUACGAAUAUGUUUGGCUGUGGAAUGAAGUCAAUGUGCCAAGACCUCCAGGCAAAGUCCUGCAAUGCCUCGCAACUGCAACCUGGAAUGACCUAUGAAAAAUGCGAGGCCACGUGCUGUGAACAGAACAAGUGCAAUGGGCUUGCAGACAGCACCUCGUCAAGCGUAAACGUCUCGCCAAGUGUAAACGCCUCGUCAAGUGUAAACGCCUCUCCAAGUGUAAACGCCCCGCCAAGUGUAAACGCCUCGCUAAGUGGCCCGGCAACCAGUGUUCCUGUAAAUACUACUGCCACAGGAACCCCACCAAAACCUACCAGUGGUGCCACAGCAUACAACAAAAUUGUAUCAUUCGCCACCACCUUUACAAGCGCACUCUAUGUGCUUUUUUUUGUGUACUGACUUUGAGCAGUGAUGAUUGUAAGAGUUGCUGAAAAAAAGGUUUACCUGGUGCUAAAAUAUAUACGUUUUUGUUUGUUUUUUACUAUUUAAAGACAAAUAAUUUAGUUUCGUAGCCGAUCAAAUUUCCCAUCGUUUGCAAUCACACUACACACAGUUUGAUUGAAUUGGGUGGCCAUCCGCUGGAUUCCCCCUUGUAUCAGAGUUAGACAAGUCCAGUAAAUUUGCACAGAACUGUUUUUAUUGUAAACGCUAAAUAGAACAGAGUGAGUGAUCCGCGGUCUUUCAAACGGGACCUUUGAGUCAAUAGAACACAGAUUUCAAAAAGUCAACAAUGUAAUCUUAAUUGCAAUAGGAGAAAGAUAAAGCGAAAAUUUCUAAUCAAGUUGUUUGCUUAGAAAGGGUUUAUGUUUAUGAGUGUGGAGUGUGGUUUAUAUAAAUGUAGUGCUUAAUUCUAGCGUCUGCGUCUGUUCAGGAAGGUUAGUUUUAGUGUAAAUUCAUUUUUCAAUAGAUAGAUAAUAAAUAAUCAAAAUUUUG